AUGACACCAUCCGAGGGUAGGAGCAAUCGAGAAGACUACGGCCCCAUCGACACAGCACAUCUCGCGCAGAGCGUGCGCGAAGAUACCGCCGAGCUCGCCUCAUAUGCCCUCUCGGACAGGAAGCACGACCAGAGUCGCGCCCUAAACUUGCCACGAUCCCGCUCCCCGGCCCAUUCAUCCGCCUCACCGCUUCUCGAGGCGGCGGAUCGCGACCGCGGCAGCCCCGCGGCGAGAGAGCGGUUGCGGAGCCCUCAGUACGGAACCCGCGAUGCGGAUUACGACGGCCGCAGCAUCGAACCCUCCGAUUCCGAACAUAGUGACGGCGACGGCGACGGCGACGAACUCACUGCCGAUGACUGGGAUGCGGGCAGUGGUAGCCGCCUGAGGCGGCACUCUUCGAGAUUAGAGACCGUUCCGGAGGUUGACGAGCAUUCGCCUCUUCUCGCCCACUCUGGGUCAAAGCGAGGCCGGCGUGCUCCCAGAAGAAGGAGUGGUGGGAGCGAAGGUGUCGAUAUCGAAGCCCAACAAGCGAAUAGCUCACGCUCCAAAAUCCUCAACGGUCCCAAGCAGUUUAGGCGCCUUUUGGUCGGGUUGCUGCUCAACAUCCUCGACGCCUUGUCCUACGGUAUGAUCCUAUUCCCGUUGGCGAACCCCAUCUUUUCUCAUCUCGGAUCCGCCGGUAUUUCCAUCUUUUACGUCAGCACGAUCAUAUCACAGCUCAUCUUCUCCAAUGGAAGUAUAUUCAAAGGCGGUGUUGGCUCAGAAUUGAUUGAAGUCGUGCCUUUCUUUCACAACAUGGCGGAAACAAUCACGAUACGCGUCGGGCGGGACAAUGCGGAUGCCGUCAUUGCGACAACGAUUGUUUCGUAUGCCUCGAGUUCCAUGCUGACGGGCGCGGUAUUUUAUCUCAUGGGCAAAUUCAAGUUUGGUUACAUGGUAGGCUUUAUACCAAGGCACAUCUUGAUCGGGUGCAUUGGCGGAGUGGGCUUCUUCCUCGUCGUGACAGGCUUCGAGGUAUCGGCUCGCCUAGAGGGCGGCAUCGAGUAUAAUCUCGAGACACUGAAGCGUCUUGCCCAGCCAGAGACUCUGCCGCUCUGGAUAACACCUCUCGUCCUCGCCUUCAUGCUGUUCUACGGCCAGUCCCGAAUCACUUCCAAAUAUUUCUUACCGUUUUUCAUCAUUUCUAUUCCCAUCAUCUUCUACCUUUGCAUCCUUGCCUUGCGCGGCGUGGAGCUCGAUGGUCUUAGAGGGGCUGGGUGGGUCUUUGAGGGACCUCCUCCUGGCGAGCCAUGGUGGUACUUUUACACCCUCUACAAGUUCGAACUCGUACACUGGGAUGCCGUCAUCGAGACCAUCCCCGCCAUGUUUGCGCUAACAUUCUUCGGCAUUUUGCACGUUCCCAUCAACGUGCCGGCCCUUGCCCUCAACACUGGGGAGGACAAUGCCGACUUAGACCGAGAACUGAGGCUACACGGCUACUCCAACUUCAUCUCGGGUUGCGCGGGCAGCAUCCAAAACUACCUCGUAUAUGCCAAUACCAUGUUCUUCAUGAGAUCAGGAGGCGAUUCGCGGUUGGCGGGAGUGAUGCUUGCCGGCUUCACGUUCGUGGUCAUGACAGUGGGGCCGUCCACUAUUCACUUUAUCCCAGUCAUGAUGGUGGGCACGCUCAUCUUUGAUCUGGGCUUUGAGCUGCUCUUCGAAGCCGUGUGGCUACCCAGGAAGAAGCUCAAGGUUGGCGAAUAUGCGACGGUCAUCAUCAUCGUCCUCGUUAUGGGCGUCUACGAUUUCGUCGUGGGUAUCGGAAUCGGUAUCCUACUCGCCUUUGUAAAUCUCGUCACACAGACCGCUGCAGUUCCUGCCGUGCGGGCGGCUUACUCUGGCGAGGUCGUAACAUCGACGGUCAGGCGCAACCCGUCUCAAAGCCACUACCUAAAGCACGUGGGGCGGCAAAUCUUUAUUGUCAAGCUUACAGGCUACUUAUUCUUUGGCACGAUUGUGAGCGUAGAGGAGAAGAUUAGGAAUCUGAUCGACGACAGGACUUUUUCCGAACGACCUAUUCGAUUCCUCGUCAUCGACCUUUGGCACGUUACCGGUCUUGACUACUCGGCGGGUGAGGCGUUCAAUAGGAUCAACCUCAACUCAGCCCUGGAGAGCUGCGAGAACGAGCUACUCAAGACAUACUACGUCAGCCAGGAGGCGCGGAGCAGCGCAAGCUCACCACGAACCAUCGGCAAACUUGCAGGCAGCCCAAAGGCGCUGGAAGACGUGGACGCGGCCCGCCCUGCCAAGUGGCAAGGGUUCAAGGAGCCGCUGCGGCUCAUGUUGCAAAUCUUCCAGGGGCUCAGCGAGAAGAAUGAAGACUUUUGGUUCCGCGCGACGCCCUACUUCGCCAAGCUCGAGUACGCGGCGGGGACUGUGCUAUUUCGACCGGGAACGACGUGCGGAGACCUGCCCUUCUUUUCGGAAACGAGGCGGACGGCGACGGUCACGGUGGAGCGGGCUAGCACUCUGUGGAUGAUGGACGCCGAGAAGUGGGCCAAAAUCCAGCGCGAGGAGCCCGAGGUGGCGUGGGAGCUUCAGAGAAUGGCGCUGAAGCUCACGAGUCAGCACAUGACUCUCGUGACGUCGUACAUCCUGACGAUGGCGGGCUGA